UUAAUUCGUUCAAUUUCGAAAACAGGAGAGGGAAUCUGGCUUUAGAUCGAAAUGACCUGAGGUGUGGGGCUCACACAACGAGCUCCCCUGUUGUAUUCUGAUGGUUUUACCGGAUACCAGGGAGAGGUGAGGGGUUUCUUCAUCUCUAAGCCACCGCCUAUGACCGUCAACAUUUUUCAUUUCGACGCAUGACGCUCAGGUUCAGCACCACGGAGAGCACCCGAUGUUCUCAGCUCCUCUUCCCCGCGAAGAAAAACCCGAACGAGCCCGAAACCCUGAGAUGUUCCUCAGGUGAGGUCACGUUCAAACAAACCUCCAGGACGGUCCUCCUCAAUCUGAGCAGUAAAUCACCAGAUUGAUAGCGUGCUGAUGGAAUGAAGGACGGAGCAGAUUGGAUGCUGCGCAAAGUCGAUGCAUCCGCUGCGUUUUCACUGCAGCGAGGGAGAAAAACAGGUCGUGCAAAGACGAAUAAAAACACGUAUCUGGCUGUUUUUCUGGUUUUCACGGAGCAGUGUCCAUCUGGAGUCGCAGACAAAGAGCUGAGACGCAGCAGAGCCUGUUUCUGUGGAGCUGAUCGUUAUCCCCUCGGAGAGAAGUUUAUAGGACAUCUCCCUCAAGACUUUAGAUGCCCAGCGGCAGCCUGUAGCCCGGGACCCUCGACUCCCAGAAGCUCUGAGACCCUCAGCAUCUCCCCUGGCAGACGCUCAUCUGACCCAGAGCGGCUACAGCCCCUGGACGCCCCCCCGCAGUCACCAUGGGAACCGUGCUGUCUUUGUCACCCAGCUACCGAAAGGCGGCUCUCUUCGAGGAUGGGUCGGCCACCGUGGGUCACUACACGGCGGUCCAGAACAGCAAGAAUGCCAAAGACAAGAACAUGAAGCGCCACUCGCUCAUCAACGUGCUCCCCUGGAAGCGGAUUGUAGCAGUGUCGGCCAAGAAGAAAGGCUCCAAGAAGGUGCAGCCCAACGGCCCCUACCAGAACAAUGUCACCCAACUGAACAAUGAGAACCUGAAGAAGUCGCAGUCCUGUGCAAACCUGUCCACCUUCACCCAGGAUCAGACCACUCCGGCAGUCACCAAGAACUCCAACAACAUAGUAUCGUCCGUGAAGAAGGCCCCUCUGACCAAUUCCAAUGUGGUCCCCGGGACCCCGAAGAGGGUGAUCGUCCAGGCCUCCACCAGCGAGCUGCUGCGCUGCCUUGGGGAGUUUCUGUGCCGGCGUUGUUACCGGCUGAAGCACCUGUCCCCCACCGACCCGGUGCUGUGGCUGCGCAGCGUGGACCGCUCCCUGCUGCUCCAGGGCUGGCAGGACCAGGGAUUCAUCACCCCUGCCAACGUGGUCUUCGUCUACAUGCUGUGCCGCGACGUGGUCUCCUCCGAGGUGGCCACGGAGCACGAGCUGCAGGCCGUGCUGCUCACCUGCCUCUACCUGUCGUACUCCUACAUGGGCAACGAGAUCUCCUACCCGCUCAAGCCCUUCCUGGUGGAGAGCUCCAAGGAAACCUUCUGGGACCGCUGCCUCUCCAUCAUCAACCUGAUGAGCGCCAAGAUGCUCCAGAUCAACUCUGACCCGCACUACUUCACUCAGGUGUUCGCUGACCUGAAGAACGAGAGCCAGAAAGAGGAGGAGAGGAGCCGCCUGCUCAUCGGCCUGGACCGGAGGGUGAGGGCCAUCGCCUGACUGACGCUCUUCACGCAUCACGGAUGAACCGGCAUCCCCUGGCUGCCAAACCCUGGCUCUUUUUGGAACGCCAACACCCACGUCCCCGACACUCACACGGAUACGAUGGACACUUUGUGCUGCAACGCAUAUCAGGCCACCGAGGGAGAGAACAGCAGGGACCGUCGAUGCUGGAUCCAUAUUCUUGUUUGUGGCUCUGCAGCAGGAUGUUUCACAGGAUGGACAAUAAUCAAGCGUUGCAUUGUGGGACUUUUGAUAAAAAAAAAGACAACAACCCGAGGACGUAUGGACGAUGACGUGUGGUCAUACUGUGUGUGUUCAGAAGGACUUACUUUAUUUUCAUCUAGAAAAAAAUUAAAACAAGUUACUGGAUGUUUUACUCCCCAGAGGCUCGAACCCCUGGAGGCUUAUUUAUUGCUUUUUCUGGAAGUUUUAUUUCAUUUUUGGUUUCUUUUUUUACUUAGAAUUGUAAUGUUUUGCACGUGUGCCAUGCAAUUUUACAGAGUUUCUGGGAGAGCAGGAGCAAAUUGUUACUUUCCUUGUUUUUACUUGAUUCAUAAACCAACUGCAUCUGCAUUAGAGAAUGCUGUGAACAAAGUGACACUAGUUUAUUUAGCUCUGCUUGCUAAAAUAGGUAACUCGUUUACCAGGGAAAUUCUUUUUGUACUUUUGUCGAUAGGUUGUGUUGCAACCACUUUGGAAUGAUGUUUGAUUUUGUGCUUAUGAUUCAGCAUAGAAAAUGUUAAAACAGUGCCAUAUCUUUGAUGAGAAUCCCGCAGGCCCGAGAGCGCUCUGAGACACUGUGGACAUCGAGCAGUUGAAUGAUGGGAUGGAUUUUCAUGUGCGAGUAACGACUUACUGACACCUAAUUUAUUGCCAUUCACGUAUUUAUUAUUUAGGCACAUUAAAUGUAAAAGAGAGAUCGUGACGAGGGACUUUGGGAAGGACGGGGGAGUCGCUGGUGCAGACAGUGUGCUUAUCUUUGGUGGGAAUGAAGAUUGAUCUGGUUUAUGCAAAUGAAUGUCACAGGGGGUUUAUCAGUGAAUAUCUAAUUUGUAAAAGCUCUUAGAUCAAAACCAAUGUCAAAUCUGACCAUCACCAAAGUGACGUCAUCAAGGACACCUUGACGGUACGACACAUCGCCGACCUUCUGCUCAACAAAUGCCCUGGAAACAUGUUUUUUUAUGCGGAGCCGACACAUAUCGGAGGUGUGAGCGCACACAGGGGAAUCAGCUCCUCCACUGACAGCUGUUCACUGCAGAGGAGCACAGCUCGUCCUGGGGAGAACAUCCGUCUGCAGGCUGCAGGAGACGAGGCGACCGAACAUCUGCCAAUUUUUAAUCAGAGAAUCGACGAGACUUAAAAAACAAACGCUGCUGUGGGGGAUAGCGACGCCAUGGCAACCCAAACAGAGAGCAUGCAGAACAACUGAGACACUUUAUUGGAAUAGGAGCGAAGACGCUGCACCGCUGCUCCUCGCUGUCUCUGCAAUCACUGGAGCAGCGACGGUAUUUACCCCCAGAAACACGAGAGAAACAACCUCUACAGCUUCCCACAUCUUAUCUUAACAUAUAUAUAUAUAUAUAUAUAUAUAUAGAAUUACUCAAUUCCUUUGGCAGUGUUUGGAAAAUCCAAAUCUUAAAAUGCAAAAAUGAUUGGUGGUGCCAACAGAGGGCACAUUGUGAAAGUGCUCCUGGAGAAUGAAAGGUCCCUGCUGCUGCUGCUGUGCUGUGAAUCAGCUGUGAUGGUCACUGUGGUCGCCCUGCUGUGGAACCCAGUGGAACCCGGUGGAACCCGGUGGAACCCAGUGGAACCCAGUGGAACCCUGUGGAACCCGGUGGAACCCUGUGGAACCCUGUGGAGUGUUUGCACCGGCACAAGAGAGGGACACGCACUUUGGACGGGGUUUCCCUCUGGCAGAGAAGAAGCAGGGCAUCGGGGUGAAGGGUCUCGAACCCGAGACCCUGAAUCCUUCCCCCUCUGUCCACACUCUGCCCCCCCCCCGACUCACUGGAAACGUGCCAUUCUGUCCCGCAUCAUCGAGAAGUGGUUUGAGAAAAUACUUUCGAAAAAGCUGAUAAAACGUGGAAAAAAAGACUCAAGUGAUAGUUUAAGAUUUCUGUCAAAUUCUUUUCUGUAUCUUGUUGCGUACUUUGUAGAUAAAAAAUGAAACCGUGGUUAAAAACUUCAAAACGAGACAUUCAAGGACUGCAUGUGAGUGAGACUGAGUGAGUGUGUGUGUGUGUGUGUGUGAGAGAGAGAGAGAGGCAUCGUUUUAUUUGUACAGAGGAAUGUGUGACAUGUUUUCUUAUGGACGAGGAGCAUUCACCAGCCACACUGGCACGAGGACUUUGAUUUUGCGUGGGUGGGGUUGAGGGGGCGGGGGCGUCGAGGCUCUUCAAUAAAAAAAUAUUUUCUUUUUGAAAAAGACAAAAAAGCCGUUGCUGUAAU